GCUGUAGAGAGUGAGUGUUCGUGUUGUGCGUAUACUGCCGUGUCGUGCGUCGUGCCGAGUGCUGAGUGCUACAGUGAGUAAUGCAAUUUCAUUUUGUUGUAAAAGGUAUGAAGACGGAAGACCGCAACUCCGCAAAUUUACCCAAAGUCCGCAUCGCUGUUCUAGGCAGGAUCAACGUAGGAAAAUCUGCUGUGACAGUCAGAUACCUCACCAGAAGAUACAUUGGCGAAUACCGCUCCAAUACUGAUUUGUUGUACCGCCAGACAGUCACCAUCAACAACACACCUGUGGAAGUGGAGAUCAUAGACGUCUCUGGAGAUUCGCGAGACGCUAGCUUCCCCACAGAGCAGGUGCAAUGGGCUGAUGGCUGCCUGAUUGUAUACUCCAUCACAGACAAGAAGUCCUUCAACUACGCGAUGGACACGCUGGACAACCUUCAGAAGCUGCGACCAAACAGUCUUCCAGUCACGCUGAUGGCUAACAAGGCAGACCUGGAACAUCUUAGAGAGGUAAUGAAGGAUGAAGGGAGAUCUGCAGCUCUGCAAAAUGGCUGUUCGUUCUUCGAAGUCUCCGUGGCUGAGAACAGUGAAGACUUGUACACCGCCUUCGAGAUGCUGCUGAACGAGUCACGGUGUCAGCAAGGCAACAACAAGACCAGGAAGUUCUCUGUGUCCAAGAUGUUCGGUACUCUGAUCGGUGGAGGGAACAGCAAGGAGCAGAAGAUGUCCCAGGGAGGAACUGUCGUUGUGUGCCACAAAUCUGACCUCCACAAGACCCGGGUCCUCAAGAGGCGCCAGAACUUCACCGCCACGGCCUCCUUGUGACUUCCUGGGACCCUGGGGGGAGAGACGACAGCCACGUGAACUUGAAAGAGUCGUCCGGAAAACGACCUUGCUUUUAGUGCCUCAGGAAUGAAAUUCCCAGGGAGGUUUCGAGCGCCUUCUGAGUCCUUCAAAGACCUACUCUCUAAAAGGAACAGAUCUUGAGAACAACUUGAUUCAGCUCUUGGAAUACCAUUAUCGGUAACUUUGAAUUGAAUCUGCGGGAGAACUCCCUAAUGAUUCGAAAAAAGGAUGUUCUUUUGAAAUAUUUAACAGGAACGAUGAUGAGCGAUUUAGAUUGUUUCAGAGAACAACUUACGUUGGAGUUUGUGUCUAACUGUCUAAAAUUGUGCCAAUACUGCAGCCACCAACUAGAGUUCUGCGGCAAAGGCUAAUACCGGGCUAAAUAGUUGGCUGAUGUGUUCUAUGAUCUCUAUUACAGUACUAUCGAGUAUACAUAGUAAAUGUUUUUUAACAGUAGAGUCAAUAGACCUGAACAUAUCACCGUUGACUAUAUAUUUUAUGGUAUAUUAAAAGUACCUUAUACACUUGAAAUCCAUAAGCACAUUCAGAAAAAUACAGUUUUUAGAUCACAAGUAACUAAACCAAAUAAUUCAUUGUUUACAGAAAAAUACUUUCGUUUCCUGAAAAUUUAGCGUUGCCCAUUCUGAUACAUAAAAAUCAUGACUGAAUUGUAGACAAUACAAGCCUUUAUUGUGUUGAAUGGUCAUAAUUUUAGAUUGGUAAUAAAGUUUAAGUCACUUAGUAAUACGUACUACAGUACAUACUUGUAUAAUGUGUAAUAUAUUUUUUGAAUAAUAACUUAAUACAUAACCAAAUGUAAUUAUUUGAUUUGGAUGGACAUUAUGUUCUCCACAUGAAUCGUGUUUUAUAUUGAUGUUUGUGUGUAAGUAUGUAAUACAGAAAUGCAUUUAGGUUAGGGUUACCAAUAGUCUCAAGAUGAAAUACCAUACCUGGGGAUUUACAUUUGCAAAAAAAAACAGCUUUAACACCAUAGUCGCUGUCAAUUAAUUAUUUUGCCACUAAAUACAAUUCAAAUAAACAGGAACACAAGAUUCCAUUUUAGUAUGGGUCAUGGCAGUCAUGGACCUGAAAUUUGUUAAAGUGUAUUAGGGAUUAUUCAAAAUGGUUAUGUGUAAAAUCUGUUUUUUAAUAAUUUAAAACUCUUAGUUGGAUAAAUAUGAACAAUGUUAGCCAGAAAUGGUUAAUAUUUGAAAUCAGGCUUCUAGUUUAAGAAUACACUACCAAGUUGUACACUUAUAUAGUCCUGAACCCAUCUUUGGCAUCUGAUACAAUACAAUUGGCGAUUUUAACCAUAUACAUAAACUUCUGUAUUGGGACAUUUUUAAACCUUGAUGUAAUACAAAUCCUCUAUUUAAUCUGUAAGUUACCAAAACUUAUUUUUUGUAUCAUUGUGGAGAUGAAAUGACGUCAAUAAGGCUGUGAAUAGAUUUAUCUUAGAUGUAAUACGAUUUGUAAAUUUUAUAUGGGUGUCAAAAUAUGACCAUGUAUGUUUUUAUUAUGUAUAGAAAU